UACAGAGGAGAUUUCUCGCUCUCUUCCAGGGUCUCUUUCUUUCUCUCGCUUCGAGUUUCAUUUUUUAACGGUUUGUUCCAUGAGCAUAUGAGGCCAUGAAGCGAGCAACGAAGGGGAAGGGCCAGGAGAAUGUGGGCAGCUCUCUGCUUAGUCCACAGGAGAAUGAGAGGCUGGAGCAUCUGCUGGGCAGGAGGUGUGUGUCUCUGUCCUCAGCGGUUGUGCAAUUGCUUAUGGCUCUUCCGAGUGAGCCGAACCGCUGGACACCACAGCAGUCUGGAGUAGUUUGUUUCGUCAAAGACAGUCCACAGCGCUCCUUUUUCAUCCGUCUGUAUGACGUCAAGGCAGGGAAUCUGGUGUGGGAACAGGAAAUCUAUAACCAACUGAUGUACCGAAGGACCAAGCCUUUCUUUCACACUUUCCCUGGAGACGACUGUCAAGUGGGGUUGAACUUUGCUGAUGUAGCAGAGGCUGACAGUUUCUUUGCUGUAGUGGAGGAGAAGAUCAGCCAGAGAAAUAAUCGUUUUGAUAAACAGCAGAGAAAAGGACACGAAUAUAGAGAUCAUGGAGCUUUGCCACCACUUCCUCCACCAAAUGGCUCUGGUACUCCUACCUCUUCUGCCAUGCCUCCACUGGUACUAAGUAAUAGCCAGAACCAAAUUACCCCUUCCAAAUCAAAGAAAGACAAGAAAGAGAAAGACAAGAAAAGUAAGAAGAAAGGAUCUAAACUGUUGAAAGGGGAUAUUGGAACACCUAGUGGAUUCACGCAUGUCAGUCACCUUGGCAUGGGUCCCAACAAUUUGGACCCGGAACUGAUGAAAGUUCUGUCCUGCGCUGGGAUCAGUGAAGCAGAUAUGAACGAUUCGGAAACCUCUCAGCUCAUCUAUGAUGUCAUUGAGCGUUCAGGUGGAAUUGAGGCUGUUAAAAAGGCUGUGAACCCGCAGGAGUCUACUCGCCCUCCUGUUCCCAGUGGACAUCGGGGUUCUCUUCCCCAAGUGCCAUCUGGGUUCUCCUCAGCGCCACCGCCAAUACCUCAAGGUCGAAUGGGGCCUCUACCGCCUGUCCCCGGUCAGUCCUCUGGCCCACCUUCUCAUCGAGGUUCCCUUCCACCAACACCUCCAAGAGCAGCUGCAUCCCCACAAACCCCUGAGGGCUGCGGCGGUCCUCUGCCAGCCCGAUCUACAUUAUUAGGAGCCCUGCCACCAGUUCCUGCCGGAGGGCGUACUGGGCCCUUGCCUCAACCUCCAGGAUCCCGCAGUGGACCCUUACCACCUCCACCUGGAGGUCGGAGUGGAGGUUUGCCCACACCACCACUUCCAGGAGAACGUAGGGAGUCUUUAACGCCCGUUCCAGGAAAGAGACCUGGACCACAAAUGACCGAAAGACGAGGUAGCUUUCUGCCGCCCCAACCUGCUGAGGCAGCUCCACCACCACUACCACCGGGUGUGAGGAGCGCACCCUUACCCCCGCCUCUAAGAGACAAUAGUGGAUAUUUGCCACCUCCACCGCAAUCUGAUACGCCAUUACCUCCUCCCCCAUCUGAUUUCUUCCCUCCUCCAGCCUGUCAAUCAUUUCCUCCUCCUCCACCUGAAGGCUUUGUUAAUUCUGUGCCUCCACCUCAUCCUUUUGAAUCCAACUUUCCUCCACGAAGCAAAUCCUCAGGCUUCGCCCCUCCGCUCCCUCCAGUCUCAGCCAAACCCAGUGCAGGCAGUCCUCCUCCUCCUCCGCCACCUCCACCUCCCGCUGCUCCUCCUCCAAUGAACUUUGGAAGCAACCCCUCACCUCCAAAUGGUCCACCACCUCCAGCAUCCAGCAGUGGGGAAGGGGGUAGAGGAGCAUUACUUACCCAGAUUCAAUCAGGGAUGAAGCUCAAAAAGGUGACCACCAACCCAGAUCCUCCACCUGCCCUGGAUACAGGAGAGGGAAUAGUUGGAGCUCUCAUGAUGGUGAUGCAGAAGAGGAGUAAAGUCAUCCAUUCAUCUGAAGAGGAUGAUGAAUUUGAUGAUGACGAGGACGACGAUGAAGAGUGGGAUUAAUCCUGGUGUAACUGAAAUACUUUAAAUAUUAUGUACCUAGGCAGUUUUAGAAGGGGGAUGCACUGAUAUUCUGGCCAAUUCAGAAAAAUGUGGAUAAAUGGCUGAUAUUAAAAUUCUAUUCUAUUAUUCCUAAACAAAUUAAAUCAACAACACUGAAAUCAUUUGUUUGAAAUGCUACAGGUGAUUUUAGGUACCACAACAUUUUAUUAUACA